AUGGAAGAACAAACGGUUUUAAGAUUUGCACGUCUCUUGAGUCUCCCAGACUAUGAGAAUACAUUUUCAUGGCUGCCCGUCAAUGGAGAAGUUAACUCAAAGUUACCAACUUCCUCUUCUGAUACAGAAAUUUCACCAAAUCGUAAAAACUCGCAUAUCAGUGGAAUUAAAACUAACCUCUUCUUUGAUCUACCUACCGCAAAUACCCCGACUAAAUAUAUUUUUAAUGACGAUUUCUCCCCUCCUGUUCCGGAAUUAUCCACCCUUCCACCUCUUGAUGAGGUCACUUUUUCCGUCUUCGAUAUUGCUGAAAAAAGUAACCCGAAUUCGCAUUCUCUAUUUGUAGGGGCUAACAGUAUCCCUCCCUCAAUUGAGCUGUCCAAUUUCUCCCCAAGUGGAUCUGGUGAUAUUGAUGUGUCCACAAAACCAUCAACUCUACCAAUUUCGAGUAAAUUAAUGAGGUCAUUUAGUUUGAACCGCCAAUUUCCAGGUAAACUUGCUACAACGAGUCUAGAAAGGUUACCUUUGAAAAGACACUUCAUAUCAACUGGAGAUAUUAUCCCUCUACCCUCUUGCCAUCCGAUUAAGUUAGAAAAUUUUUUUGAUGCAUUCAAAGGAGACAAAUCACAUGGAUCCUUUCCUACUUUCUUCGAGAGUCCGAUUACAGCUGGAAAACUGAAUAGAGAAAGCAGUAUAGUUGAAGAUGAACAUGAAACUCAUUGUUAUUCGGCUAUUUCUGGUUUAUCAUCUGUUGGUGAAAGCGACGUUGUAAAGGAAAUAGUCUACGUUUCAAGAUCACAGUCAGAUCUUGAAUUUACAAUUCCACCUAUGCGCUCACGGAGUCUUAUAUUUUUGCCAAACUACAGCGACUCAAACGGUAGGGGCAAGAUUUCUCCAGAUCGGAAUUCUGAUAUUUCCCCCUAUUGUCAUCCACAGCAUUCACCCUUGAUAAUGGGUGCUACUGCGCUAGGAGCGGAUUUACCUGCGCUUAUGACUGAUGAUGAUGAUGUUGGUUGGAUGAAAUCAAGUAAGUCCCCAGUAUUCGAUUCUUUUUAA